AUGGAGACGACGGGCUUCACAGAGAACCAGCUCACAGUCCGGGAGGCGGUGAAUGCAGUCUGUGCCCAGUUCCCAAAUACGUACUGGCAAGAAAAGGACCAGCGGGAGGAAGACCCCACGGAGUUCCAUGCGGCGCUCGCAAAGGACGGCUGGCUGGGCAUCGCGCUGCCAGAGGAGCUGGGCGGGUCCGGGCUGGGCAUCUCGGAGGCGACGAUGAUGAUGCAGACCAUCACGGAGAGUGGGGCGGGCAUGGCGGGCGCGCAGGCGAUCCACGCCAACGUGUACGCGACGCAGCCGCUGGCGCGGUUCGGCACCAAGGAGCAGCUCGAGAGCGUCAUCCCGCACAUUGUAUCCGGCCGGUGGAGGACGUGCUUUGGCGUCACGGAGCCUAACUCGGGCCUCGACACGCUGCGGCUGGGCACGGUGGCGAAGCGGCAGACCGAUGGGUCAUACCGCGUCACAGGUCAGAAGAUCUGGAUCACCUGUGCACAGGUCGCGCGCAAGAUGAUGCUCCUCGCCAGGACGACUCCGCUGGGUGAGGUGAAGAAGCCGAGCGAGGGACUGUCUAUGUUCUGCAUCGACCUCGACCGUGAGCAACCCGGGUUGGAUAUUCGGAAAAUCAAGAAGAUGGGUGGUCGGGCGGUUGAUGCGAACGAGGUGUACUUUGACAACUACGCCAUCCCGGCGGAGUCACUCAUCGGCGAAGAGGGCAAGGGCUUCAAGAUGAUACUGCAUGGGAUGAAUGCCGAGCGCUGCCUGCUAGCUGGUGAAGCGUUGGGGCUUGGUUACGCUGCCCUGACCAGGGCUGCCGAAUAUGCCAGGGAUAGGUCGGUCUUUCAGCGUCCCAUAGGGAUGAAUCAAGGUAUUGCUCAUCCACUGGCAGAUGCCUUUAUGAAACUGGAGGGCGCCAAGUUGGCGACGUAUCACGCUGCGAGGCUCUUCGAUGCCAGCAGGGACGACUCCUCAAUACGGCCGGACCAGAUAGGGGUUGCUUGCAACAGUGCCAAGUACAUGGCUGCCGAAGCAGCGUUCACGGCUUGCGAGAGGGCCGUGUUGACACACGGGGGCAUGGGGUACGCCGCGGAGUAUGAUGUCGAGAGAUGGUUCCGCGAGUGUUUGGUUCCCAGAAUCGCGCCGGUGAGCCGGGAAAUGAUACUGAACUACAUCAGCGAAAAGGUGCUCCAGCUACCUAGAAGCUAUUAG